AUGAAUCUUUUUCCGUACUACCAGUGCUCCACCCGCGGCCUCCUUAUGAGCGAUUUAAGAUCAUGGUCCGACCUCCCCCAAGAGGUUCUGAAUUUGAUACGGCAGAGAUUGUUCCGGAGGGAUUAUUCCAACUUCAGAUCCACCUGCCGUGAUUGGAAUUUCAGACCUGCUUUCGACGAGGCCGUCUACGACAGAGUCGAUUCUCCACUGUUGUUGGGUUUCACCAGAAGCGGCACGGAUCAUGACGGCGGCUCGUCCUUGAGUUGCUGCUGCGAAGCCUAUUCUCCUGCUAAGGAGAAGACGUAUUACAUCAGUGCUCAUUCAAAACUGUUUGACGCCCAGAUUCACUGCUCCCGCUACGGAUGGUUGCUCUUCUCCAGCCUCAACCACUUGUUCUUCUAUCACCCAUCCACACAAGACACCAUCGACCUGCCGGACCUCGGCUCGUACCUCGCAGUUCCCCGCAUUAAUCGGAUGAGCUUCUCGGCACCGCCUACGUCUGCAGAUUGCGUCGUGUUCUGCCUCGGCGACAUACACUCCAACAAGGAAGUGUACGUUGCUUUCAUCCGGAGAGGGCAGCGUUCUUGGAACCUCUAUGCCGACGGUGUUCGCAACGUGAUGAAGUGGACCGGCGCUCGCCCUCGUAAGUUGGUUGCGAGAAAAAUCGGGACGAUUCGGGUCAAAUCCAGCCCGUGUCGCGCCAAGUUGCAGCACUCCGUAGGGAAAUUUUGGUGGUCGAAUUCGAAUUGUUCCCCUGUUUUCCACAACGGAGCUUUCUACUGUCUGGCCCAGGAUGGGAGGCUGGGAGUUCUCGAUCCCAAGCAGAAAGCGGAGAAGAAGAUGUGGCGGAUACUUGAUACGUUCUUGGAGGAGGAAGCACGCAGCAUGCUUUAUCUAGUGGAAUGCAGGGGAAAGUUGAUAUGUAUAGUGGUUGGUCGGAUGGGAGAAUUCGUGAGGAUCUAUAAGCUUUAUGAACCCACAAAACAGUGGCAGCCUGUUGCCAAUCUCGGAGACGAAAUGAUUUUCGUUGGUCAUGCGGGGUACUGCAAUUCAGUCAUGACCUGCGACGACGACGAAGAAUUGAAGAACACAAUUCACUUCCCAAUCUUUCACGAAAGCGGCCGCCACCAUGUUUUUUACUCUCUCUCGACCCAACAAUUCCAUUCCUUCGAGCCCGGGCAUCCGUCGAUUGACGACUUGUAUGACGCGGAGCUCAUGUUGAAUCGCGCCUGGACGAUCCCAAAUUUCCAAUUUCUAGCCGGGUCGCAGCUGCGUUGGUCGUCGAAACCCAAAAAGAGGCCAAGGAUCGCGAAAGAUGCAGCAGAGCCGCCGGCUGAAUGUCGUGGUUACCGUAUUCAUCCGCAUUAUGUCAUUAGGAACUUAUCUUUCUCAUUGGAGCACAAGCAAUCGGAAGAUGAUGAUGAUGUCGGGGAGAGGAGGGAGGAGCAAGAAGCGCGGCGACCAUUUCUAACGUUGUCCAAUGAAGAGGGUGAAGAAAUGUUGGUCGACUUAGCCAAGGUGCGGCCUACGGCCGACCAUCCAAGAAACAUGGAGCUAGCUGCGAGGACCAGAGGGAAGCAAGUAUAUAGCAGUACUGUGUAUGGCAUUUUAGUAAUGAUGGAUGCCGAGGCUCGUCGGUGUUCCCUAUUGGAUCUGAAAUCCAUGACAGAGACGACACUGCCGACUUGGGAGACACCCUUCACCUGCUCUAAUGCCAUUCUCCAUUCGUCCCCGGGCGGCGGAUCCAAAUUUACGGUGAUGGUUUUUGGUGAAAUUGAGCGCCAACGGGAAGCAGAGAGUGAUGCCUUUGCAAUGCUCUGGAGAGAUGGUGACAGUGAAUGGACAGUACACACACAUAUGGUGAAAGGAUCCAAACCAAACGUAACAGCUACGAUCCACAAAGGUAAGAUAUAUGGGUUCCCGAAAAAGAGGCUCGACAUGGUUUCGAUUGAACUUACACCGGAAAGGUACACAAGCAAACCUGUACCAAAACUUGGUUUUCCUUCUCAUAAAUGCCCCAAAGGUUCGGACCAGCUGCAAGAAACUUUGGUAGAAUGUGGAGGCGAACUCUUACGUUUCGUCAAGUUUGAAACUCCUGGAAGAUACGGUGAAGUUAUGGAUAUACAGGCGUUCAAGUUGGAUUUGCAAAUGAUGGUCUGGGAAGAGGUCGAGCAUUUGGGAGAUCGAGCAUUUUUCUGGAGCGACUUGGGAUGUUAUUUGUGUCGCGCUACUAAAUUCGGGUUCCAGAAAAAUUCUAUUUACUAUCUGGAAUGGGAAGAACGAAACCUAUACAGAUUUGACUAUACAAACCGUAGCGUUACGAUAUCCCAACCCGAUCCUGUUGUCGUCGAUGAUAGUUGGGUGCCGGGUGGUUUCAUCAUGGGAUAG